UGUGUUAUAGAGUGGAGUUAUGAUGAUUAUUGUGUUUUUUUUGGGGGGGGGGAGAGCGAGGCAGAGAGUGGGUGGAGAGCGUGACUCUACAAAAGCUAUUAGGAAAUGGCAAUCGGAAGAAGUUCAAGAAAGUUCUUUUUUUUUAUAAAUGUCCAAGUUUAGGCAAAAUAAAGCACUCCCAAGCUAUUUUUUUUUUCCUUUUUCUCCACCUCUUCUUCCUCUUCUUCUUCUUCUUCCUCCUCGCCUUCGCCUGCCACGCACUUUACACACACUCAGACACUAUCGCCAGCAUCGCCAACACCAACCAUGGGUCGCCAAUCAAUUGAAUUCUUUCUCCAUCCGCCGUCUCCUCCGCGUCCAGAAGAGCCUUGCGUCGUCCUUCCGCCCAUAAGCUCUCUUCUGCGAGACGCCCCACUGUCACCUCCUCCACCGUCCGCUCCGUCUACAAAAGAAGCACCACAUUAUCAUCACCACCCGCCUCCGCAGAUCAACGAGCCAUCUUUCCCGCCAGUCGCCUCAGUAGACCUUGUCGAACCGCUGCCAGCACUGACACUUUCCAUCCCGUCCACCUCAUCCGCCUACUCCUCACCGGCCACCUCGCCCUAUCCUUUGGACACACCACAAUCCUCUCCGAUCUCCUCACCGCAUCCAGGCCUGCUACUGCCACCACCAUGCAGCACUCGACGUAGCCGCUCGCUAUCCAAUGCAUCCAAUGCAUCCACCUCAUCUUCCGUAUCCGCUGCAUCCACCUUUUCUCUGCCCGCGUCAGCAUGUUCUUCGCGCCGUCUUUCUGAUCCACCUCUAUAUUCUCUAAUCGAUCAUCAUCAACAUCAACACCAGCUGCAACAGCAACAGCAACAACAAGAAGAGCACCACUUUUACAACCACCACCAAAAUCAAGAACCCCAAGGACAUCAUCACCAUCGUCACGACGCCCCCUCAACUUCUUGGCAAAGACCGAAAUCAGCAUCCCCGUCCCUCCCAGCCGCCAGCUGUCCUCCUCCUUUUGUCGCCAAACGGAAACGUGGCCGUCCGCCAAAUGCUUCUCGCCAGGUCUCACAGCGUGAUUGUUGGACGUUUGUCACGCCAACAGUGUGGGAGGUCAAACAACAUCAACAGCAGCAUAUGACAGAUAAAGACAACAGCAGUGACAGUGACAGCAAUAGUUUUUGUAACCAUGCAGCAGCAGCAGCAGCAGCAUCUCCGUCAUCGAUAUCCAGCGCGAACACCAGCGACAGCAAUAUGACAGUCCUCUUAUGGCCCGAAGAGCCUCGACGGAAUAAAGGCUUAAACACGUUUACCAGCACUCGAAUGGACAGCACACUCAGCAUCCCAAAGAAAAAACGAGGUCGUAAACCCAAAGUACAACUGGCAGGGAAUUCCUGUUUCGUUUGGCGCGACUUGACAGCUCGCCGUGGUGCCAAUCGCAAACACAGAGCAAAUACCUCCUCAACAACUUCUGCUGCUGCUAGCACUACACCAGCAAUGGGGGAUGAAGAUCGAUUAGCUCAUCGUGUUGAGAGUAUUAAACUGAAUCCAGCAACGCCAACGUCACCUAGUUAAGCUUCUAUAUUCAUUCUCUCCGUUCUCCUCCUACUUGACUUUCUGAACCCGUUACCUGAGAUAUAUCUUCCAUACCAUAUAUAGU